CUCUAUCCGUGUCUCAAAACAAUAACAAAUCUGACACCCAACGAAUCUGUCACUGGUUGUUGUGAAUUUCUGUGCAUCGGACGCUAGUGAAAAUAGGUGAAAAUGUUUCCUUAAAUUUGUAAAUUUAGCAACAAAAUGGACAAGCUAACUACGAUCAGUGCCGCGCUAUUUAUGGCGGCCGACGUGUGUGCCAUAGUGAGUCUCGCAAUGCCCGAUUGGAUUGUGACUAGCGUGGGAGGGGAAACUCGCCUGGGAUUGAUGUGGACCUGUAUGACUUUGUACAAUAGGCCACAGGUUUGCUUUACGCCGGAACUUCAGCCCGAAUGGCUGAUAUCACUUAUCUGCAUCUUUGUGGGCUGCAUUUGCAUCACCACUACCAUCAUUCUGCUCGCGUCCAGUAACUGGGAUCGGAACGUGAUUCCCUACGCCAGAUGGGUUGGUUUCACAGCAAUGGUGCUUUUCUGUCUGGCUGCGGUGAUCUUUCCGCUAGGAUUCCAUGUUGAUGAAAUUGGAGGUCAACCGUACCAUUUGCCACAUUCGCAUCAAGUGGGUAUUUCGUACAUCAUGUUUGUACUCGCUCUUUGGAUUACGGUUAUUUCGGAACUGUUUGCCGAAAAGGUUUGCCUGCCGCAAUUCUAAGCACUGACAUGGAUGUACAUAAGAAUACCAAAUAUACUUGCACAGUAUUUUUUUCAACUGAGGUAAUCUCUAUAGUUUCUAAUUUGUGGAAUUGAAUUUAGUUUUGUUAGGUUUAUUUUACGUAACGAUUAGAUGAAUAUUUUUAUUGGGAAUAAAAACGUGAUAUGAAUUUAAA